UAACGUUCUUCGUGCGACAGGCGUCUGCUGGGGCCAGUGUGAUGCGAGCUUGUUGUUUAGGUGCUGCAGUUGUUUUUUUUAUUGUUGCCAAGUUUAUUUCAGUGCUGUGUGGACCAAUUUAUCAACACGCUAACCAGCCGCUACAGCCACAACGAACCCGCGGUCGUUAGCUACAUCCAACACAAAUUGUUUUGAUCGCAGGUUGAGAACGGUUGUCCGUGCGCUUUCGCUUUUCACACGAUGAGCAAACCGACGCGUCCAUCAGAAAUUAAGCUGCCCCAGCGCGAGCCCACCAAGGCGCCGGGUGCCGCCGCCAUGCCCGGCCCGGAGAGCGUGAAGGUAGCGGUGCGCAUCCGGCCCAUGUCGCAGUCCGAGCAGGCUCGCGGCUGCCAGACGGUGGUGGAGCAGGCGGCCCCGGGCGCCCCGCAGCUGCUGGUGUGCGGCGGCCGCACGCCGUCGGACGUGUUCUCCUACAGCUACGUCUUCCCACCCAGCACGGUCCAGUCGCAGCUGUACGAGGUGGCCGUCUCGCCGAUGCUGCACAAGCUGUUCGCCGGCUACAACGCCACGAUCCUCGCGUACGGGCAGACGAGCUCGGGCAAGACGUUCACGAUGGGGACGCACUUUGCCGGCGAGGUGGACAGCAGCGUGGGCGUGAUACCACGCGCGAUCAACGACAUCUUCCGGCUGAUGGCGGACGGGACGGCGGAGGUGGCGACGCACGUCGACACGCGCGUCACCUGCUCGUACAUCGAGGUCUACCAGGACCAGGUGUUCGAUCUGCUGGCGGAGAAGCCGGCCGGCACCGAGCGGCAGCCGGUGGACAUACGGGAGGCGGUCGGCGGCGACAUCAUACUGCAGGGGCUGACCGAGGUGGCGGCUGGCGGCGUCCAGUCCGCGUUCGACUGUCUCGCGCGCGGCUCGCUCGGCCGGGUGGUGCGUGCGACCGCGAUGAACAACGUGUCCAGCCGGAGCCACGCGAUCUUCACGCUCACGCUGCACCAUACCGCCCGGGACGAUCCGGCCGUGGUGACGCGCUCCAAAUUCCACCUGGUCGAUCUGGCCGGGUCGGAGCGCUCCAAAAAGACGGACACGACGGGGGACCGCUUCAAGGAGGGGGUCCAAAUCAACAAGUGUCUGCUGGCGCUCGGCAACGUGAUCACGGCGCUGGGAAGCAGUGCGGGGGCGGCUGGCAAGAUGCACAUACCGUACCGCAGCUCGAAGCUGACCCGGCUGCUGCAGGACUCGCUGGGCGGCAAUUCCUACACGCUCAUGAUAGCCUGCGUGUCGCCCGCCGACUACAACCUGUCGGAAACGUACAGCACGCUGCGGUACGCGAACCGCGUGUGCAAGAUCAAGAACAAGCCGAUCGUCAACCAGGACCCGCAGCAGGCCCGCAUCAAGCAGCUGGAGGCGAUCGUGCAGGACCUGCGGGUCGAGGUGAUGAUGCUCAAGAGUGGGCGGGAGGGUUGUCCACCCACCACCGACAAGGAUGGCACGUUUCGCGUGCCGCAGCCGGUCCACUCGCCGCUGGUGCGCGGUUUGACCGAGACGCAGCUGCUCCGCUCGCCGCGCAGCAGCGAGGCCGGGUCGGCCAGCGACCCGUCCGCCGGCUACCAGAAGCUGCAGGAGGCGAACCGCUGCCUGCAGAAGCAGCUGCAGGCCACGAUGCACGAGCUGGAGGUGCACGAGGAGCGCUCGAUGCUGGCGGAAAAGCUGCUCGAGGACAUUGAGCAGCUGCUGGGGCGGGAGGCCCAGCCGGGGGAGGAUGGUCUGCGGCAAGAGCUGGCUCGGCUGCUGGCCGCCCACCAGGACGAGGUGUACUCGCUGGGCAGCCAGAGCGCAGCGUACGGGCCGCCGCUGUCGCGGAUGAUUCGCCUAUCCACCGCCGGCGCCGGCGUGGACGAUCCGCUGCGCACGGAGGAGUUCGAGCGCAAGUCCGAGUUCCACACGCAGCAGCAGAUACGCAUACACGGCGAGCUGACGCAGCUGAAGCGCGAGCUCGCGCUGAAGGAGGAGCUGCACCGGAAGUGCCAGGGCAACAGUGCGGCGGUCCAGUCGUACACGAGCAGGCGGGAGCGUGAGCUGACCGAGCAGCUGCACGAGUACGAGGGGCAGAUGCGCAGCCUGGAGAGCCAGCUGGCCGAGCUGAACGCACUGCUGGACAACACCAAGGCGAGCGAGAAGCGCUCGAAGCUGGCGGAGGAGCGCCGGCGCAAGGUGCAGCAGCUCGAGGCGGAGCUGGCCGAGAUGCGGCAGAAGAGUGCGCGGCAGGCGAAGCUGCUGAAGCUGCACGAGAAGGACGCGGAGCGGAUCGCGGGCCUGAGCUCCGAGAUCCAGCAGAUGAAGGCGACGCGCGUCAAGCUGCUCAAGACGCUGCGCACCGAGAGCGAGAGCUUCCGGCAGUGGCGCGCGAGCCGGGAGAAGGAAAUUACGCAGCUAAAGGCGAAGGACCGCAAGCAGCAGUACCAGCUGCAGAAGCUCGAGUCAACCUACUCGAUGCAGAAGCGCAUAAUGCAGCGCAAGAUGGAUGAAACCAUCCAGGUGAACAAGCGGCUGAAGGCCACGCUCGAGCGGCAGCAGCGCAGCAAGACGGCGGCGGGUGCGCGCGACCGUGCGGCGAUGCGCGGCGCGGAGGCGGCUCGCUGGGUCAAGCAGGAGCUCGAGCUGAUCUGCAACACGGUCGAGGCGACGGUGACGCUGAGCGUGCUGCGCGCCCAGCGCGCCCAGGAGGUGAAGAAGAUCAAGCAGAUGGAGGGCCAGUGCGCCGAGCUGCCCGAGGGCGGCGCCGAAUACCAGCGCCUCCGGCAGGACAUCCAGCAGUGCCAGCUCGAUCUGGACUACCGCAACGCGCAGAUCGUCGACCUGCAGACGAAGCUGCACACGAUCGACACCGACAGCCAGGUGGCGGCGUUCGGCGAGGGGCUGGCGAAGCUGCCCGAGGCGCGCGACGCGUUCCAGCGGCUGCUGGAGCAGCUGGUCCAGACGCACACGCGCCUCAUCGAGACACGCUUCCAGCUGGUCGAUCUGCAGGCGACGGGCGACUGCCAGGAGGAGGAGCUGGCGCAGGCCCGCGCCCAGCUCGAGGCCGCCGACCAGCAGUACCGGGAGGAGGUGGUGCAGCUCGAGAAGCGGUACGAGGACAAGCUGGCCCUGCUGCUGAUGCAGCGCACGGGUGGAGCGGCGGCGGCGGCGGCGGCGGCGACCGCCGCCCCUACCAACGGUACCGGGGCUGAGGGGGAGGAGGUGGAGGAGGAGGCGGGUACGGGCGCCGUGCACGAGGAGGCGAUCCGGCGCAUCGAGCAGCUGCGCGACGAGCUCGAGCUGUACAAGCGGUCGGCGCAGAUGCUGCGCAGGCAGCUCGACGAGACGACCAAGCGGCCUGUCCGCAAGCGCCGCAUGCCGAACCAUCUGCUCGACCCGGACUUUGACACCGAGCUCGACCUGGAGUUCCUUGAGGACGAGUACUAUCAGGCCGGUGGCUCGGAUGACGACAACCCGGAACUCGAUCCUGACUUCCGCGGCACACCAUUGCACAAGCGCAAGAAGCAGUCCAUGAGCAUUCGCGAGGGACUCCUUUCGAGCACGAUCCAGAGCAACGCCAGCACCGUGGGCAGAGCGGCGACCGGCGGUGGCAGUGCCAGCUGCUCCUGCUCCGGCAACUGUGGCUCGCGGCGCUGCGGCUGCCACAAGCAGGACAGCCUGUGCGGGGCGAGCUGCAGAUGUCCGCCGACCUGCGUCAACCGGAUCGGUGAAGGUGAUCCGGCGGCUGCGCUCGAUGUCAGCGAUGGCAGCACCGUCGCCCCGGUCGAGGACACAAACGCUGCUGCGAACGCAACCGUGGACCGUCCGAAGCAGGCGGUGGUGGACCAGCCGGACAACAAGGAAAACCGUACCGAUGGCACCUUCCUCAUCCCGAACGAGCUGACGCAGGAACAGCUGGAAGAUCGAGAGAAGCUGGACAUUCUCGAGUACGUCGCCAAGUACCGGAAACGCAGGCCGCUGCUCGACAUUUAAACGCGAACGAGACCCGCACACGCUGGACGUUUCAUUAGUUUGUAGCUUCAUUUUUCAUUGUUUAUUAUUGUGAAGUCUAUACAGGCGCCGCCUGUUACUAUUUCGUUUGAUAUAUUUUUGACUUGAAUUGUAGUGGGUUACUCUCUGUUAAUUAAGCAAUGUGACGUCGUAUCGUCGCUUUAAUGAAUGUAAUAAUUUUUAAUGCAACUAGACUGUUAUCGAUCUCUGCUGGUAACUGUACAGACGACAAAUGCACUCACUAAGCGUCGAUCACAAAUCCAUUGACCAGAACCAGCGGAAUCAUAUUUUUGUGUUAAUGAUAAAAAGAAAACGCUUCCUAAAGUUCUUGCUCAUUUGUUAAUAUUUUGGCAAAGUUUUACUUUUCAGUUUAAAAAACAUUUUGUUUUUAUUCUUUUUGGCACUUAAACUUUAGCGUAAAUAGAUGGACUGGUAGGCCUUUCUCUCCCUCGUCUGUCAACAACAAUCAUCCAUAAGCAACAAUAUCCCUCCGAUCCAAGUUCCUAUUUUGUUCCCCUUUUAAUACGUAGCAUACACACACAUUCACAAAUUCGCUUAGGUUUUUUUAAUUUUUUUCCUAAUUAAUGAGCAAAAUUUAUGCAGCAUAAAAUCUUAAAUAUUUCUAUACUAGCAAGCUUCCGAUUUACAUUAUUAAGUUUUUUUUUUCAAUAAAAUAAUAUUAAACGCUAUUGUAUUACAUGCAUUGGAUAUGAAAAAAACAACAACUUUUGUUUUGCAUUUUGCUUUCGACGCAUGAAAACAUUAGACUGAAUGUUAUAAUGACUACACUUAGCUGUUUAGUUAUAGUAUUGUAAUAAACGUUGGUGUUGACGGCGGAACUAGGGCCAGGUCACACGAAGGAAAGGCCUUCAGAGUUCUAAACGCCAAGACCGAAGACGGGUUUAUGAAAUAAAGUGGGUUGGUGCCCUCCAGAUAGCUCCUUUCAGCUCCUGAUAUAACAAAUUGUACCUUAAACGUUCCAGCUAGCAUUUUCGUGGUGGUAACCUAUGCUGCGAAAGUGGGGCAAUUGCUACAAUUACCUUUCGGACAGGGCAGAGUGACCCAAGAAACAAAUCCUAGGAAAGGCUAAGAAAUUUAAAAGAAUACCUUCGUUACGGUUCUGAAUUAAGGCUGAAGUUUAUGAAACAAAAUCGAUUCUUUUAUGCGAACACGUUUGGAAGUGUUAAAACGUGUCCCCGUACACGUAUUUUAAGAGCGCUGGUGUCGAGUCGUGUGAAAAAUACAUAUAUAUUUUUAUAAAUCUA